AGCAGCAAAUAUUCAAGCGCGUUUCAAGUGCCGUGCGAAAAAAAACUCGCUGUCCUUCCGCGUGACUGUUGCACGAAUGCAGCGAUGUUGCACGCGUUGCGAAAUAGUGAAACGCAAGAAUCAGUCGGAGAUAAGAGAAAGAAGUUGAGAUACACGAGUGAAAAAACGCGAAUGAUCUUGCAUCUCGCGAUAUAUUUCGUAAAAAUAUAUUAUUUGUCAUCGUUCGAUCCGACCCGAUUCGACUUUCCGUAUUUGAGAAGUGAAAAUAACCGGAAUGUGUGUCUUUCUUCGCCGUUACGUAAAUUAUGUAUCGUGUGAUUGAUCGUUAUUAAUCUAACAUAUUACUCUCCAAAUAAUCCCCAACGAUAUUAAUUAAAAAUGAUCGAGUCGCGACAUUUGGCGAGCGUUAUUUGAUAUACGCAAUAGAUAUUCUUACCGCUGAAUAAACAGGUUUUAUUUUAUAUUCCACCUGUAUGCUUAUACUAAUGUAAUGAAAUAUUUAUCGUAUGCAAAGCCUCUGAAUAACGAGAUCCCGAGCGGCUCCCGGAGACGACGAAAGAAUGAAGCUGCUGAUCGUGUGUCUAAUUUUUGUGGCGGCGAUCUCUGUCGCGGCGGGCCAAAAUAGAUAUCCCACUAAGCAAGGAUCGUGCCCACCCGCCUUACCUGUGCAAUUCUGCGGACAUUCCUGUUUCGUUGACUCACACUGCGAUGGACUCGGCAAAUGUUGCCCGACCCAAUGCGGCGGUUCCAUAUGCUCCAUGCCUGUCACGAUGGCCCGACCUAACCAACCAGAGAAACCAGGAACUUGCCCGUCGGUACCGACAGGCAGAUGGGUGUGCACGUCGACCUGCAGAAGCGACGGCGAUUGUAGAGGCAACCUGAAGUGUUGCAAAAACCGAUGCGGAGCCCUAGCUUGCCAAAAGCCGGACAUUGAAGUGGUGGAAUCUGUCGAAAUUCCAGUUGAACCGGUUGCGCCGCGUUUCGGAUAUGAUUACUAA